AUGGAGCCGCGUAACUCCACGGUACGGGGAUGCAGGAGGCGGGGGGGGCCCUGGGUGCUGCUGCCCACCCUCUGCCUGGCGCUGGUCCUGCCGCCCUCCGGGUGGGCGCUGGCCCUGCCACCCCCCCGGCAUCACCUUGUCGAGGGGUUGAACCGCUCCCGGGAGCUGCUGGUGGCCGCCAGCGAAUCCCUCCACCGGCUGAAGGAGCUCGGCACCCUGGGAUUUGAAUGUACCCUGGAAGAGGUUGAUCUUGAAGAUAUCACUAAGAAUCAAAUCAACACGAUAAAAGCCUGCACAUCUGAGGAUCCAGGGACUAGAAACUGUCCAGCACUGGAAAGAUCUACUUUUGAUAUGAGUAAAUGCCUGGGGGGCAUCUAUGAGGAUCUGAAUGCCUACAGGGCAGAGCUGAAGAACUUCAAUGAUCAAAAAGUGCUGGCAACUAUUGAUGAAAUGAUGAAAGCCCUGAAGACCAGCAGCAGGAGCGUGCCACAGCCAUCGGCCGGCGCGGGGCUGACCUCCUUCAAGGAGAGGAUGAGGCUCUGCAGCAUCCUUCACGCCUUCCGAAUCCGCACGGUCACCAUCAACAGGAUGAUGAACUACCUGAGCUCCCUGGAGAGCUCGCUGUAAGCGCCCGGCCCUCCAGCACUGUGGGCAUCAGUAUGACCCAAGGAUAUUUUUGGAGGAAAAAAAUAGCAGGGUCAAAAGCCUGCAAGGCAGU